ACUAAAUGUGAAUGUGUGGUUGCCCGCCCAUGCGAAGGGCAGCAUAAAUCCGUUAUGCGUGAUUCGAGCGGCGUGGGCGAUGGUGUUAGCGACGUUGGGCCCCGACCAAUUGCCCGAGCCCAAUUACUUUCAAUUGUCGCUUUGUCGCCAGCCCAGAGCCGCACGGCCGUCUGGGCGCUUUGGGCAAAUAUAUAAAAGCGUUGAGACGAUCGGGAAGGUGUUUCUUUUGGCCAAACAAUGCCGAGACGCGCGCUUAUCAUUCUCUGGCUGGCCGUGGGCCUCGGCCUGGCCACGGCCAUGGGACGCUUCAAGCCGGCUGUGCCGCCGCCGCCACGCUGGGGCGCCAACAUGCAGAUGCUGCGCCGGCACAACAGUAUGCGCCGCCUUUGACUUCUGGUCGGAGAACAGCGAGACGAACAUCUGGGAGCACAGCGGCCUCUUCGAGGGCGACAUCAUGCUGCAUCGCGAGCUCUUGCGCAACGGACUGCUGAACGAGCGACAGACGUGGCCGGAUGCCGGCGUGCCGUUCUACAUAGACGCGGAUGACUUCACGGCCAACCAGACAAUGGUCAUAUUGAAGGCGUUCAAGGAGUAUCACGAUCGCACCUGCAUACGGUUUCGGCCAUACGAGAAGGGCGACAAGCACUGGCUGCUCAUCAAGGGCAACUACUCCGGCUGCUGGUCGAGCGUCGGCCGGCGGCAAGGCGGCCAAAUACUCAAUCUCAAUACGCCCAAAUGUGUCACUCACGGCGUGAUCGUUCACGAGCUGCUGCACGCUUUGGGCUUCUACCACCAGCAGAGCGCCACCGAGCGCGACGAGUAUGUGAAGAUCAACUGGGAGAAUAUCUUGGAUGGCCACGCCCACAACUUUAAUAAGUACGCCCGCACCCACAUCACCAACUUUGGCGUCGAGUACGACUAUCAGAGCGUCAUGCACUACAGCUCCCUGGCGUUCAGCAAGAAUGGAAAGCCAACGAUUGAGCCGCUGGAUCCAUACGCCUCGCUGGGCCAACGACGCGGCCUGUCCGAGAAGGACAUAUCCAAGCUGAACGAAAUGUAUGAACAGGACUGCAAUAGCAGCGAUCUGCUGGGCCUCGAUGUCUUUGGGAGCUACCUGGACGAGCUGCUCGACUAUUUUCAAGGCAAUCUGCAGGGUCUGUUUGGCUAGACAUGGAUUACGAUUUAUUGAGCAAAUACAAUUAAUUUGAGUAAUAAA